UCAGAUAUCCACAUAUUCAGAUAUCCCUUUAUUCUUAUAUCUACAUAUACAUAUACAUAUACAGUAUAAAUAAUACAUUAUACAGUAUAUCCCACUAAUCUCUCAGACAUUCACACAACUACAACAGCGGCACUGGGUCCAUUCCGGUGAUCGAGAGCUGCCCCUAUUUCCGGUAGCCUGUGUCUCGGAACCUCUCUCACCUCCUUCUUCCUCGCUCUUAUAUAAACAAACACCAAUACCCUCCCCAUCUCUGCACCUCUCAUGUCUCCUGUUCCUCUCCUCAGCAGUCCUGCUGCUCACCAUGUCGGCCAUGGCCUCCCCAGAGAACAUCCCUCUGACCCUCUCCGACCGCUUCGAGCUGCUCUCCCCUCUCGGCCAUGGCUCCUUCGGCACCGUUUCCUGCGCCCGCGUCCGCAGAGCAAACGCGUCCACUGUUCCCUACCUCCGGCCUGACUCCAUCGUCGCCAUCAAGAGCAUGAAAAAACCCCUGCCAAACCCAGCAGACUACCUCCGCAUCCGCGAGGUCAGCUUCCUCCGCAUAAUCCCUCCGCACGACAACAUCGUCCGCGCCUACGAAAUCUUCCUCGACCUCUCGACAAACCAGCUGCAUAUCAUAAUGGAAAAGCUCGAGAUGAAUCUCUACCAGUACCUCACCUCCCGCGCCGGCGUCCGCUUCUCGACUCCCACUGCCCGCGCGAUCCUCUUCCAGGUCGUCAGCGCCGUCCAGCAUAUCCACUCCCACGGCUUCUUCCACCGCGACAUCAAGCCCGAGAACGUGCUCGUCUGCCUACCGCCCCACGGCGCAAGCCACGACGACAUCGCCCCGGCAGUCAAGCUCUCGGAUUUCGGACACGUGCGCGAAGUCAAGGGCAAAUCUCCCUACACGUCCUACGUCUCGACGAGGUGGUACCGCGCGCCUGAGCUGCUGCUCAAAGUAGGCCACUACGGGCCCGAAGUCGACAUCUGGGCGCUUGGCGCGAUGGCGUUUGAGAUUGCGACGCUCACGCCGCUGUUUGCGGGGAGCUGCGAGAUGGACCAAAUCUCAAAGAUAUGCGAGGUCGUCGGAUCGCCUGAUUCGGUCAUGUCGAUCGGAGGCACUUGGCAGGACGCGGAUAUGUACACCAUCAAGCUUGGGUUCUUGCUUCCAGAGCGCAAUGAGGGGAUUAAUCUCCUGGACCGGCUACUCAAAAAUGCUGCUCAAUGCACAGGGAGCGACGAAGGAGAAUACUCCUCGCUCUCGUACUGGAUCGCCAUGUGCCUAAAGUGGGAUCCUCAGCGACGCCCCUCGAUCGAUGAACUGAUAGAGGAUCGAUAUCUUGCAAAUAACACAAAGCUUCUACGGCACAUGCCCGGCCGUAGCAUAUCCCCAUCAAGUCCAAGGACUAGUAUGGUCUCAGGCACCUCUUCCACCGCACCAUCAUCAUCAUCCCCAUCCCCAUCCCUAACAUCCUCGUCAUCCAUGCAACAUUCAACUUCGGUAUCCGAGCUAUCAUCGACCACGAAAAGCGCAGCAUCCGCCUCCCCUUCGGACGACUGCUCACAGUGUCCUCAUUCUGCUAGCCGCAAGCAUUCCCGCUGGAUGCGGAACAUCUCAUUCAUGCAUCACUACGACGACGAAACCGUCCACCAACGCAGCAGUGCGUCGAGGAAAUCGAAAGCCUCAACAAAGCAUCAGAAUCCUCCUUUUCUCAACCGGCACCGUCAUUCAUUCAUGUCUUUCUUCAAGUCUAAAACGGCUUCGAGAUCCGAGACCAGCAUGUACUAGAUCUUCUAAACUAUAACAGUAGCAUAUGAUGAU